UAAAACGAAAUCGACUAGCGGCUGAAAGAUCUGGUAAAUUAGCAAAAAUUUCAUGGCAUUUGAAACAAGAACAUUUAAAACAAGAACAAAAUGAAAAAAUAAUAGAAUUUCAAGAAAUUAUUGUACAAGAGAGAAUUGAAUUGGAUGAAUAUAAUUUUUCUGAUGAUAUAGAAUUGAAUGAUAUAGCUGAAGAAAUUUUAAAAGAAACAAAUGAUUUAUUAGGUAAAAUACAAGAUGUAGAUAAUGAUAAUGAAGAAUUUAUUGAUAUUUUGAUAAUUAGUGAAAUUUUUAAUGUUAAAAAAUUUGAGGAAUCUGGUCAUAAUAUUAAUCUUUUAUAA